AGCAGAAGAAGAACCGGAGGGAGGGAGGGAGUCUCCGGGACAAAACCCCCCCGUCACAUCCAGGCAGAGCGCACCAUGUCAUUCAGCCCCAAACACUCCACCUCCACCUCCACCCCAUUCUCAGUCAGCGACAUUUUGAGCCCCAUGGAGGAAAGUUACCGGAGGUUCGGCGGGAUGGAAGCCGCGGCGGGGAGCCUCUCUUACCGGCAGCCUCAAGUCUCUCAGCCCGGUACGCAGCAGCACCUCCAUCACCACCACCACCACCAUCACCACAUGUCCUCCUCUUCAUCCUCACCCUCCUCCUCCUCUUCCUCAGCAGCAGCAGUGGGACCAGGGGGACCGUAUCACCACCACCACCACCACGUCCCCGCGGGAGUGCCGCAGUUCUCCGGGGCCGUUGGAGGAUUCUGCGGCGGAGGGAUCGGCACCGUGGGAGACUUGCCGUCCUACCAGGAGACGGUACGCGGAGGCGGGGCGGCCUGGUACAGCACCCCGGAGCCCCGGUACCAGACAAUCUCCAGGUUCAUGAACCCCUCGGGAGGGAUGAACAUGUCCGGGAUGGUGAGCAGUUUGUCCGGCAUGGAUCCCUGCAACAAGUCCAUGGUGACCAUGCACGUGAAUCCGCGGAGGAAGCGGCGCGUGCUCUUCUCGCAGGCGCAGGUGUACGAGCUGGAGAGGCGCUUCAAGCAGCAGAAGUACCUGUCCGCGCCGGAGAGGGAACACCUGGCCGGGCUCAUCCACCUGAGCCCCAACCAGGUGAAGAUAUGGUUCCAGAACCACCGGUACAAACUGAAGCGGCAGAACAAGGACAAAGUGCCGCAGCAGGAAGGAGGAGGAAACACCGCUGGAGGUCUUUGCGCAACGACGCACCGUUCCUCCUCCGUGUCCCCGGUGCUCUCCAAGACCGGUAAAAGCUGCCAGGAUCAGUCCAGCCACACCGGAAACAGACAGGUGGAGGUGGUGAUCGCAACAGGAAACCCACUUUCCUCCGCAGAGGUGCUGGAGGAUUUGUCCCAAAGUCCGCCGCUCGGCCUUCAUGGACAGAUCAAUAUGACGCAGACGGACGCGGCGCUAAUCGAGUACACGAACAGCAUGAUGGGGUCCAAUUUACUGUACGGGAGGACUUGGUAGGGACACCGGGAGGAAGAGAGACAUUUACCCGUUCUGAGAGGCUUAAAUCCCGGGUUGGAUUUUCUUUUUUGGGAGGAGAAAGAAAAAACCACCAGACUGUUUUUCUCGUCUUUAUACUCACCAUAAAAGUCUGGUUCCUUUACGCACAGAGUACACAAACGGCAUUAUGGGGUCCAAUUAACUGUACGGGAGGACUUGCUGGGGACACCGGGAGGAAGAGAGACAUUUACCCGUUCUGAGAAGCUUAAAUCCCGGGUUGGAUUUCUUUUUUGGAGAAAAAAGACGCACAAGACUAGUUUUUUUCCCUCAUCAUUUCCGUGCGUUGAAGUCGGUUUCCUCUGCGCACCGAGUACACAAACACCACGUUGGGAUCCAAUGUACUGCACGGGACGACUUGGUAGGGACACCGGGAGGAAGACAGACAUUACAAACCCGUUCUCAGAGGCAUCAAUCCCGGGUUGGAUUUGUUAUUUGGAGGAAAAGCACCAAGACUGUUUUUGUCUUUUUUUCCAUGCGUAAAAGUCUGGUUCCUUUACGCACACAGGGACACUGAAGAGCAAUACCGUGCUCAAGAGGAACUGAAAAUGACAGCCUUGGACUGAAUGUUAAUAAUCUUCCUCUUUAAAAUAAUUUGUUUUGUAACUGACAAAAUGUGAAUGCUGCGGCGUUUAAAGGGGGAUGAGCCACUUUCCCUUUUCAUCCAAUUACGCAAAUUAAAUUAUUGCAGGUUUAUAAAUAAAAGGUGAAGCAAUAGAAGCCGGUUUGAAAACAUUAUCCCACAUAUUUUCAUUUCAAGUAAAUCUUUCAUUUUUCUUUGUCACAUUUUUGUUUUGAAUAAAUGAUAUUUGCAUUUUG